AUGUACAGUGGCCCUCUGGGGGCGCGGCUGCCUACAAUGCAGCGGUUUGCAGACAGCCUGGCACUUCAGCAACGAGAGGAGGCCGCUCCUACUGCGCCAGUCGCGGCGCAGGUCACGGAGCGGAGAGCCGACGAGCGUUCCUCCGUGGCUCCUUGGGGGCAGUUCCGCGAUGUCAUCAGAGAGGAGAUGUCUGCUGCCUUCUCUGCGAUGCAAGACACUGCCGCCACAUCCCCGGUUUUUGAGGAAGCAGUGCUAGGUGGCGAGAAGGCUGCAUCGCUGGAUGCAGUGUAA